AUGAAGUUCUCCAUCGUUGCUCUUGCCGGCCUUGCCAGCGCCGUCUCUGCCGCUUCUCUCCCCGCGCGCUUCUCCCUCAUCGCCGACGACAACACCCCCGUCCUCACUGAUGGCCAGAACGUCUACAUCGGCAACGACGCCUCCAAGAGCACCUCCAAGCUGAUCCUCUCCGGUGGUGCCAACGGUGCCCUGACCUACCUCGCCAAGGGCGCUGUCCCCACUGCCUGGCAAAACCUGUACAUCAUCGAGAACAGCGUUUCGCCCAUCGCCUUCACCCAGCCUCACUCCGGCGCUGUUCCCGACAACGCCAACACCACUGGCUUCGGUGUCAACGAGGAGGGUUACCUGACUCAGGGCGGUAGGGCCUGGUUCGCUGUUGACGGAUACGGCGAUGUUCCUUCCAAGGAGGUCUACUGGUACGGUGCUCACAGCUCGGAGUACAAGGCUGCCAACCUCAAGGUUCAGGAGUGCACUACCGAGGAGUGCUAA